AUGCUUGAUGAGAGCUACCCGACCUUCUUCCUCAAGCCGUCGGCCGACAAGGUCAAGCACCAUGAGAACUACCUCUUCACUCAGCAUGGCUCCGAGCCCGAUGCCCACUACUCGCUGCACCACGUCGAUCCGGCCUCUAACGCAGCAAAGAACACGUAUGCGGUAGCCCUGUACGACUCGCACAGCCCAGACAUUCUCUACGGCGAGGUGCUCGCAAAGCCCGGCUGGUCACAUCCCUCGCUGUCGCAGGAAGACAUUCGCAAGAACGGGGGCGUGCCACCGCCGCCGCAGCCUAUCUACCCGACCGAGUUCGCCAUCCAGCUGUACAACCCAGAUACGCAGGUCAUUGUCAAGCAGCAGUCGACCAAGUGGAGCGGCACCGUGAGCUGGGACUUCAGCCUGCCGCAGGUCACGUUCCGCACUCCCAGUGCCUCGACGCUCGACCGCACCCAGAGCGACCCCGGCCGCGAUGUGAACACACCGCGCGUGAACUUCGUGUGGCGCAAGGAGGGCAGGCUGGCCAAGGACCUGACAUGCUACAUGACGGGCAAGUCGACGGACGUCACGGGCAGGAAGGCAAAGAAGGGCAAGGAGCCGGACAUUGCCGUCGCUCUGUUCUCGGGGCUUAAGGAAAUGACCAUCAUGGAGUCAAAUCUGUACCGUGUCGAGCUGGAGGACUACAAGGGGCUGGAGGUUGUGCUGCUGAUUGGCGCGGCUGUCAUACGGGACCUGUUCUUGAACGACCAGAAGGAGCAGUUCCACAUCAUCGAGCCCGUGUCGCAGAAGCUGAGUGGCGGUAUGCUAACGAGGAAAACGUCGUCACCAGUGGAAGGCUCGCACAUCACGCCCCCGGUCAUGACGCCGCAGCCCCCUUCCCCACCGCCAUACACGGGGCCGUCCCAGUACCCGCCCGAGAAGGUGCCGCUACAGCCUGCCAGUGGCGCGGCUGUGAACGCCCAGAUUGCCCAGCCUUCCUUCCAGCCUACUCCCCUCGCUGCGAAGCGCUCGUCCCUUGCUCCUUUGCGCACUCAAGCCCACCCGCCCCGUCCUUCGCGACUCCAGCAGCAGCGGCCUCAACAACAACAACAACAACAACAACAACAACAACAACAACAACAACAACGACCCCAACAACCUCGACUCCGCCAACAGCCUCCUCAGCCUCGCCCUCAACAACAGCCCUCUCAGCCUCAGCCUCGCCAGCAACAUAACCCCACACAACCACACCCCCAACAACACCCCACUCAACCCCGCCCGCAACAGCCCGCCGUCCAAUCCCCCCCACAGCAACCCCUUCGCCCAGAUCCCCUCUUACAAUGGGAACUCGACGCCGAAACCGCACGUCUGAAAGCCCAACUGGAAGCCGAGAACGCACGCAAAGAAGCCGCCGCCACCAAAUCGCGCCGAAAACAAGAAGCAGAAGCCGAGCGCAAAACGCUCCAAUUCCUCGAACAAGAGCGCAAGCAGAAAGAAAAGGAGCGCGAAAAAGCCGAGAAAGAGCGUGAGAAAGCAGACAAGGAGAGACGCCGCAAGCAAGCAGACGUCGACAAAGAAACGGAGAGACUGCGGAAACAGUUCGGCGAUCAGAGUAACCUGCUCAACCGGCCGAGUCAGCCGCAGCAUCGCUACUCGGCGCCGCAGGUCGUGUCUUAUCAGCAGCCGCAGAGGCCGUCGCUGGCGCCUAUUCCCCAGGGUUCGUAUCUGGCUACGCCUCCUGGGGGGCAUAGGCCCACGGCGAGUGCGAGCUCGUUUUUCGGGGUGGAUGCGAAUGGGAAUGGGCAGCCGGUGAAGAUUAAGGAGAAGAAGAGUUUCUGGGGAUUGCGGAGUCAGAGCGAGACGACGGCUGAGAAGCUGAGGAAGAAGAAGAGUACCCUCGCUUUCGCCAGCAGCGCAACAGCACACUACCGCCUCCUCGCACCCACAUGGCGCGGCGAUUCAUUCCAAAGCCCAGCCAGCCAGUAUACAUUCCCUUGCGCCAACGUCCCCGAAACCCUCGACGCCAACAACCGCACCGCCUGGCCGCUCACCAGCGGCAGCGUGCGCAUAAACGGCAGCCACACCUCUGCACUAACCUUCAUCAACCUGGGUCUCGGCACAAACGUGACGAGCUUCAACAUCAGCCUCGUCGACGCCUUCAACCAAACGGGCGCCGGCGUGUUCUGCCUUCGUGAAACCGGACGCGAGAACCUCGAGGCUGGGGUGAGACUGGCGGGGUAUACGGGGCUGGGGGAUGCGAGGCUCGAGGGUCUGGAGGCUAGUGUGCAGGUUGUGCAGUUGGGGCAUUCGGGGAGUGCGCUGUAUAAUUGCGCGGAUAUUCGCUUCCAGGCUAAUGCCUCGCUGCUCGCUGACGAUGAGUGCCGCAAUGCUACGGGGGUCAGCGCGGAGGCGAUUGGGAACGUGGAUGCUGGUGCGGCGGGCUCGCCUAGUACGACGCAGAGCGGUGGUGCGACGCCGAGUUCUGCUGCGGCUGGGAUGGUGAAACCGGCUGUGGGGAUGGGCGUGCUUGCUGGGGUUUUGGCGUGGGGGAUGCUGUUGUAGUGGGUGUAGGUUGGGAGUGAGUGAGUUAAGGGCUGCCGCGUGUAUAUGCGUGGAUUACAAUAUAUUGGACAGAGCUUGUGGCUUUCUACGCGCAUCAAGAUCUUGUGUUGAGCUGCGUCGAAGGUUUCUGGAGAAAGUUGUGCUCGAUGCUUGGAGAGGUUGUUGUUGUUAUUGCGGAAAGUGGAAGAAUGGGAAGGGAAAUAUUGUAUCCUGAUCUUGUGUUGGACUUGCUUGGUGGGCCAGAGCCAAAAAAGGUGGAAAGGUUUAGCUAUUUUC